UUCCGUCUUCUUCUUCGUCGCGCUGCCUACGACGACCAACUCCACACGCACAUUACCCUAAAGAGGAGAGCUGGAGAGGAAGAGAGAGCGAGACGAUUUCAGAGAGAUGAUUCCCAUCGUCUCCUCUCUCUUCCGAUCGCAUUCUUUGGUUUAAUUUGUCUCUCUCGUUCCGCAAAUCGAUUGCCAGAUUUUUGUUUUAUUUUUUCCUUUGGGUCUUUGAUUCUGAGUUAGGGUUUCCUACUCCUGCUAAGAUUUGUUGUCUAUGGCGGCUUCCAGUGGCGUUCCGACAACCCUUGCAGGGACGGGGCCUUUCCUUCGAAGCAGCUCUUCCACCAGGGCAUUCUCCUUUCCGAGGAGUUCCGGUGCCUUUUAUCGCGUCGGCACGAGAGGACCUUGGCGGAAGCUGGCUCUCCGGAUGAGCCCGCGUUCCGACGCCGGGGUGGAUCUCGAGGAGAAGCAAUCCGCGGGAGCUAGCGCCUCGGCGCUCGAGCAGUUCAAGAUCUCCGCCGAUCGUUACAUGAAUGAAAGGAGCAGCAUAGGUGUUAUAGGUCUUAGUGUUCAUACAGCACCUGUUGAGAUGCGUGAAAAACUUGCUGUUCCAGAGGCACAAUGGACUCGUGCUAUUGGAGAAUUGUGCAGUUUGAAUCAUAUAGAAGAAGCUGCAGUCCUCAGUACCUGCAACCGAAUAGAAAUAUAUGUGGUUGCCUUAUCUUGGAACCGAGGAAUCAGAGAAGUUAUCGAUUGGAUGGCAAAGACAAGUGGGAUUCCAGUAACAGAGCUUCGAGAGCAUCUUUUUAUGCUCCGUGAUACUGAUGCCACCAAGCACCUGUUUGAAGUUGCUGCAGGGCUUGACUCUCUUGUAUUGGGAGAAGGUCAGAUUCUUGCUCAAGUUAAACAAGUUGUAAGAGUUGGGCAAGGCAGUGGAGUAUUGGGAAAGAAUAUUGACAGGAUGUUCAAAGAUGCAAUCACAACUGGAAAACGAGUUCGCAAUGAAACCAACAUUUCAUCUGGUGCAGUUUCUGUGAGUUCAGCUGCGGUGGAGUUGGCUCUUAUGAAGCUUCCAAAGUCACAUUCAACAUCUGCAAGAAUGCUGGUGAUUGGGGCUGGUAAGAUGGGGAAACUUGUCAUCAAACAUUUAGCUGCAAAAGGGUCCAAAAGUAUCGUGGUUGUGAACAGAUCAGAGGAGAGAGUUAAUGCUAUUCGUGAGGAAAUAAAAGAUGCUGAAAUCAUCUACAAACCUUUCUCUGAAAUGUUCGAUGCAGCUGCAGAAGCAGACGUUGUUUUCACGAGCACUGCUUCUGCAACACCGCUUUUCUUGAAAGAACACGCCGAAGCUCUUCCACCCGUGGACAAGGUAGUCGGUGGAGUUAGACUUUUUGUGGACAUUGCUGUUCCUAGAAAUAUAGGAUCUUGUGUCGCAGAUCUUGAGCAUGUUCGAGUCUAUAAUGUGGAUGACCUCACGGAGGUGGUGGAAGCCAACAAAGAAGAUCGAUUGAGGAAGGCAAUGGAAGCUCAGUCAAUAAUCUCUCAAGAAUUGAAACGGUUUGAGGCGUGGAGAGACUCUUUGGAGACUGUGCCAACCAUCAAGAAGCUAAGGUCACAUGCAGAUAGAAUUCGUGCUUCAGAGCUUGAGAGAUGUUUACAGAAGAUUGGUAAUGAUGCUUUGACAAAGAAUAUGAAAAGAGCCAUUGAGGAUCUUAGCACCGGUAUUGUGAAUAAGCUGCUUCAUGGUCCGCUACAGCACUUGCGAUGCGAUGGCAAUGACGGCAGAACUCUUGACGAGACCCUAGAAAAUAUGCAUGCACUUAACAGAAUGUUCAGUCUAGAUACUGAAAAAGCAAUCAUAGAGCAGAAGAUCAAGAACAAAGUGGAGAAAACCCAAAGUUAAGCUGAUUUUUGAAACUUUUGGAGAAAGUGAACUUUGAUAUUAUCUGCUCGUUUCCAGAAAUUCUUUUUGUCAGUCUGCUCAUCCUACAAUUCACAUGCUUCAAUAAGAGAAUUUCCUCUAAUCUAAUCUCGGAUUCGCCUAAUAUUGGAGUCUUAUCCUUUCCAAAUUAUUUCCCUAGAGAGAUGGUAGAUGCUUCAAGUUGCAGGCAUCUAAAGAGGCAAGACCAUUUAUGCGAUAGCUUAUAGUUAAAAUUAUGGGGAAAACAAAUAAAAGGGGUGCUUUUUUUUUUCAUUAUUGUGAAAAAAAGCAUCUAUGUUGAAAAAACAGGUGUUGAACCCUAACUUUUCUUUUUCAAAUUAUUAUUAUUUUUGUUUAUCUAACUGGUUGAAUAUUAUUGUAAUAGUUUUAAUUAAAAUUGUUAUAUUGCUUAAAAUUAUUACACCUUAAA